AAUGACUUGUAUUGAAAUAUCCAAGUAUCCAAUCUACAUAGUUUACUGUAUCAAUGGUAGACUUUUUGCUGCAACCAGGAAGAACAACCACUCUGCAUGCAGAGCUGCAUGCAGCAUGUCCCAGUGCCACCACUGGCGAGAUAAUUGAUGGCCGCUGCUGCCAAGCGACCCGGCAUUUGGAUUUUGUACCUGGCAUUGCAUACCAGUAGAGGAGCGACACUUCAGAAACCAAAAUACAAGCAGAAUAGAAGACUGCCCCAUCCAUCACAUCCACCUCUCACAAUCUCUCAACUGAGAAUCGGUAAAGCAACCAAAACACUACCUAGCUAGUAGCAACACUACCAAUCUCUACUAUUUUUACAAGUCGACCAUGACCGCCGCUGCCGUUACUGUUCUCCCCCAUCAACCGUCUCUAUCGGUACCGUUGGAUUCCUCGUUAAAGAAGAGAGGUACCAGUCCUACACGAUCCACUACUGGCAGUACCACUGGCAGCGACCGCAGCAGUGAGAAAGAAGCCUCGCGCCAUCGUCGCGCUUCAUUCGUGUCGCUCCGCCAUUUGAGCAGUUCGUUCAGCAAGACGCGCUGCAGUCACAAUCGCAAAGUCUCUUUUCAACUGGAAGACAUGAGUCAAUACCCACUUCCCCCCAUUGAGGACGAUGUGCGUCCAUUGCUCUGGAUGACGUAUUUGGACAAAGUGUCGUCAGCUGAUGACGUCGAAGAGACGUGCUACAAUUUCAACGACACCGAUUUCGUCCAUCCGUAUGUCCAACAGUUGGAUCAAGUGUGGGAUCAAUGUGCAAGUCCCAAGGAACCCAAGCCGUUGCAUUUGGAACAAGAAGAUCUCACCAAGCUCGUGUCUGGCAAAGGCCGUGGUUUGGAAAAGAAGUUGUUGAGUGACAUGAAAAAGAACCGCGAAACCAUUGUCAAGCAAGUCUUGGAUGCCCAAAAGAGUUAUCGCAACUUGCCCAUUCGCGCCGAUCAAAAAGCCAAGAUGCUCAAGAACAAGUACAAGAAACUCACUACUCAAUCCAAGGUCUUUGCGCUCACACUCGCCAAGGGGGAUGCUCAAGUUGCGACCAAACUAUACGGAAACACCAUUGCGGCCACCUCGGCUUAGCUACUCUAGCUAUUGAGCUAGCUAGGUGGUAUUUGGGGUGACUUACCAUGGGGCCUCCUCUUCUUGCAUUCAACAUUCUUGUCUUCUCGCUUCCCGCUUCCUUAUCAAUAGCUUCAUUUAUGACACAGCAUACACUACAAGUUCACUACUAAGUUUCAAUAGACCACUUUCAUAUCUAAACUCUUUUUUACGCUUCU